AUGAAUUCCCUUCCACGAGACAUGCAACACAUCUCGCGCAACGACCUUGAUAACUCUCUUCCAUGUCGUAUCGCCUAUCUCCAAGAGUUCCUCGAAUUCGGCCCCGACGACAUCGCAGCCCUAACCUCCGGCCAACGCUAUAUUAAACUCAUCGUCCCCGCAAUCGUCAACAUGGUGUACAAAAAGCUCCUUCGACACGACAUCACCGCCCGCGUCUUCAGCACCCGCGACAGCCGCAACGAAACGGACCCAGAAAUGUGGGUAAAGGAAGAAAGUCCACAGAUCCAGAACCGGAAGAUGUUUCUGCGGUGGUAUUUGACAAGACUGAAUUCUGAUCCGAGUAAGAUGGAGUACUGGGAGUAUUUGGAUAUGGUUGGGGCGAUGCAUGAUGCGUUUUUGGAGGCGAUACUGUCACAUCCGAGAUUAGAGUUGGACAGGAAAAUUGCUAUUGUGAAGGCGAUUGCGAAGGUGAUUUGGAUUCAGAAUGAUUUGAUGGCGCGGUGGCAUAUUAAGAGUGGUGAUGGUGGUGGUGAGAUGGGCGAUGAUGCGUAG